CUGUUCUUGUUUUGUUUCCUUUUUUCCCCCUUCUUUUCCUCCAGGCUCUGUGUAACCGACCUCCAAAAUAACCACACAGAACCUGAACUUGAAUUCAUUUUUAGCGGAGAAAACCGCCGACUGUGCUCACUGAGAACAUCGGCCGGUUCACAUUUCUGCCAAAUUGGAGCCGUCUUCCGCCGACAUCGAGCGAAAAGGUACAGCCGAUCCCAGGCCUCCAGUCCAGGGCGGUGGGAGGGAAGGAGGUCGCUGGGAAUCGGGAUGGAGACCGGAGAGGGUGCUGGCGGGCCUGGCGGACCGGACGGAUCGGGUUUUCGGUUUGGCUGUGCUUCUUUCAACCAAGACUCCACGUCACUGGCUUUGGGAACAAAGACCGGGUACAAGCUGUUUUCUCUGACCGUGGUGGAAAAACUGGACUGCAUCCAUGAGAGUGCAGAGACUCCAGAUGUCUACAUCGUGGAACGUCUCUUCUCCAGCAGUCUGGUAGUUGUGGUGAGCGCCGCCGUGCCCCAGCGCAUGAACAUUUACCACUUCAAGAAGGGGACAGAGAUCUGCAACUACAACUACCCCAACAACAUUCUGGCUGUCAAGCUCAACAGACAGAGGCUCGUGGUGUGCCUUGAAGAGUCCAUUUAUAUUCACAACAUCAAAGACAUGAAGCUGCUCAAGACUCUCCUCAACACUCCGUCCAACCCCUCAGGCCUCUGUGCUCUUUCUAUCAACUAUUCCAACUCCUACCUGGCUUACCCUGGCAGUGCCACCAUUGGGGAGAUCAUAUUGUAUGAUACCAACAGUUUGGACACUGUGACAAUGAUCCCCGCUCAUGACAGCCCUCUGGCAGCUCUCGCUUUCAACUCCUCGGCCACCAAACUCGCCAGUGCCUCAGAAAAGGGCACCGUCAUCCGAGUGUUUUCCCUUCCCGAGGGCCGGCGUCUGUUUGAGUUCCGCCGUGGCAUGAAGAGGUACGUCAAUAUAAGCUCUUUAUCCUUCAGUCCUGAUGGCCAGUUCCUCUGUGCAUCCAGCAAUACAGAGACCGUGCAUAUCUUUAAACUGGACCAACUGGGACCAAGUGGAGGGGAUGAGGUUGCCACCUGGUCAGCCUACAUGGGGAAGAUGUUCUCAGCAGCAAGCAGUUACUUCCCUGCUCAGGUAUCCGGCAUGAUGAGCCAGGACCGGGCGUUCGCCACCGUUCACCUCCUCACAUCUGGCCAAAGGAACGCCUGCACCCUGGCUAUGAUCCAGAAGCUUCCACGGCUGCUUGUGGCCACAGCUGAUGGCCAGCUGUUUAUCUACAAUGUGGAUCCACUGGAAGGCGGCGAGUGCAUGUUGGCCCACAAACAUAGGCUUUUCGGUGUUGAUGAUGACCAAGGUGAAGGAACAGAGUCAGAGGGGUCAGAGGUCACAGGGCCAGCGCAGGCUUGUCCAUCCUAUGCUGCCACUGCUGCCUUACCAGCUGCUGGUCCUGUCAAUGCAACCCUCACUGGCUAUUCCGAAGACGGUGGGGCAAAGAAAGGCGAAGUCAUUCCAGAACAUGAGUUUGCUGCUGGUCCCGUGAGUCUGGACGACGAGAACGAGUUUCCUCCUAUUAAUUGGUGCCGCGACGGGACUGGAGGUGGCCAGGCGAGGCGCUCGUGAGUCGGUAGAAGGACAGAACAACAAACAGACAAUGAGAUGAACAGCAAAAAAAAAAAACAAAAGUCUUUCAGGGUGCCAACUUAUUUCUUCAGCUCGAGACAAAAAAAGAAUAACACUGAUUAACAUUAACAUUCAAGUAGAGAAUUUGGGAAUAAAACACUGAGCAAGAAGUUGAGGUCAGGUAGAGCAAUCUUAAGAGAGAACCACAAUCUGGUCCUCAUGUUACGUGACGAUUGUGGAAAAGGUACACUUCCGAUUUUGUCAAAGCACCAAUAGUACCUCUAAACUUCCUACAAGCUUACUGUUGAGUUUCACACAUCAACUGUAAAAUGAGAGGGCUUUUCUGAACAUGUAGACGCUGUUGGCUACUUAUACAAACAGUCAGGGAGUUUAUCUAUAAGGUUUGUUUAAUGAAAGUAUAAGGUGCAUGCUGGAUCAGAAAUAUAACCACAAUUUUCAUAGCUUUAUUACUUGACAAAUAUUUUAUUAAGUUGCAUUACUGUAGCAACAUUUGUCUUAUUAAUAAAAUCUUAGUUUAUGUCCAUGAUAAAUAAUUGUUUUCAUUUUUAUUCUGCAUUGUAUUUUACUGCAUUGACCUGUAUUAAAUAUCUCUGUGUAUGCCUCCUGGAUGCAUUUCAGAAGGUGUGUAUGUACUGUAUGUUUGUUCGUGCCUCUUAUCAUUUGUAAAAGAGCAAAGUAUUUUGCUCAUUGCACAAGACCACAACAAGUGAAAGAAACAAAGAAAUAAACUCACAGAGUGGAGUAAUGAUGAACCUAUGCAAAACAAA